AUGAACGAGCUUAUGGAAGUACAGAGUCCAGCACUCAUAAACCCACAAUUAGACUUGCACAAGUCAACCUCAUCAUCGUGUCCCAACUCCCUCCAGAAGACCCCCGAAAGCCCAUUUGCAAGCACGGCCCACACAAUGACCCCUUUAGCCAACCCGAUGAAAAGAUCCUUGACAAGCUUGCAAGCUUACUUGGAAGAAGUUGGGCAUCUCAUGAAGCCCGACCCGCAGGAUUCAUGGCUGCCCAUCACUGAAUCCCGGAAUGGAAAUGCUUAUUACUCUGCAUUUCAUAUACUCAACUCUGGAAUUGGAUUCCAGGCCCUCCUUCUUCCUCUUGCAUUUACAACUCUUGGUUGGGUAUGGGGGACUAUAAGCCUAUCUUUGGCUUUUGUAUGGCAGUUGUACACUUUGUGGUUGCUAAUCCAGCUCCAUGAGUCUGUGCCUGGAACACGCUACAGCCGAUACCUGAGGCUUGCAAUGGCUGCUUUUGGGGAAAAGCUUGGCAAGUUUUUGGCCCUGUUUCCAACUCUGUACCUAGCAGGUGGAACGUGCGUUAGCCUCAUAAUGAUGGGGGGAAGAACGUUGAAAAUAUUCUUUCACACGGUGUGCAGUACAACCUCCAAUGCCUAUUCAGUGUCGACUGUCGAGUGGUACAUAGUCUUCGUGUGUUCAGCAAUCAUAUUAUCUCAGCUUCCUAACCUGAAUUCCAUUGCCGUAGUUUCUCUAAUUGGCGCAGUCACUGCCGUUACAUACUGUACCCUGACAUGGACACUAUCCGUGUCCAAAACCAGGCCUGUUAAUAUAUCAUACGGGCCCAUGAGGGCAAAAUCGGAUGUUGAGAACAUUUGCAGCACAUUAAAUGCACUUGGAAUCAUUGUGUUUGCCUUCAGGGGCCACAAUCUUGUCUUGGAGAUUCAGGGAACAAUGCCUUCAUCAACUAGGAAUCCAUCAAGGGUACCAAUGUGGAAAGGAGUGAAGUUUUCAUAUCUAAUCAUAGCUGGCUGUUUGUUUCCCAUGGCUAUUGGGGGUUAUUGGGCAUAUGGGAAUUUGAUACCAACAGACGGAGAUCUGCUAAGCGCAAUAGACAAAUACCACAGGAACGAAACACCAAAGUCAAUCCUGGGGUUGACGAGCCUACUUAUAGUGGUCAACAGUCUCACCUCAUUCCAGAUAUACGCUAUGCCAGUCUUUGAUAACCUCGAGUUCAGAUACACCAGCACCAAAAAUGGGCCUUGCCCCAGGUGGCUCAGAAUGGGGAUAAGAAUAUUUUUUGGCUGUCUCACGUUCUUCAUCUCGAUUGCAUUCCCCUUCCUGAAAAGGCUGGCUGCAUUGAUUGGAGGUGUAGCCCUGCCUGUCACCCUAGCAUAUCCCUGCUUGAUGUGGGCCAGGAUAAAGAAGCCCAAUAAGUUUAGCUCCAUGUGGUGGCUGAAUUGGGCCCUUGGGUCUCUUGGGAUGGUUCUGAGUGUUCUGGUGGUCAUUGGUGCAAUUUGGACUAUAGCAGCACAGGGAAUUUCUAUUCACUUCUUUAGGCCAGAAUGA